ACAGUAAUUGACUUCUAAGGUUAUCACUUCCUACAUUACAUCUCACUUCCACUCUUAUGCAGCACCCACACCGCAUCACUUACUUACUCACAAGUAGUCGGCGCUUCGUACCUGGCGAGCCUGAGUGGUUCCUAGGCACUCAGUAGCCACUACCUGGGCCCACGAAGAAACGGAACAUGUGGCCCGAAUACCUACACUUGGUAACCAAACGUACCUGGUAAUCAAGGCAGGUCAAAGACGCCGGAUGCGUAUCAUAUGGACUUCAUUGCCAUCGAACCACGAUUAGCUACACUGGCCGACUGACUCGCUAGGUACUUCAGAGUAUUGGACCUCAGGCGUGAAUCUACUAGUGCUUAUCAUCACAAUGCCUCUCGCAACAUGAACAUCAGCACGCUGGGGUCUAUCUUGUCCAAGUCCUUAUCAGUAAGAUCUCUGCUUAUUACGCCCACGAUGGCCAGUGACAUCGAGAAUCAAGGACGGAAACCCGUCUCAGUAUACGCUGCUCUCUCUCGCCCGUUGUUACCAUGGCAGACUCGGCUCAUCAAACUCCUACCAGGCAGCCUUGGACAUCGUCUUGUCGCAGAAAUGUUUGUCGGCGAUCUGACUCCUUUCGACGGUCUGGAUAUCCAUAGGGAGGGACGAUAUCAACAAUACGAGGCUUUGUCUUAUUCUUGGGGUUAUCCAGUUCGAACGGCCGAAAUCGAAGUCAAUGGGAAAAUCGCAUAUAUACCACCAUUAAUGGCGGAUGCAUUGCAAUACCUUCGCCAAACAGCUGAGCCACGAUGGCUCUGGUGCGAUGCUCUAUGCAUCGAUCAAGAGAACCCCGCCGAGAAGUCAAAUCAGGUUCAGGUCAUGAUGCUCAUUUUCUCAAAAGCUUGCCGAGUAGUUGCGUGGCUGGGCAUGCCGCCUACUACUGGCAUAACCACCGUGCCACAGAGUUCCCCUGUCGAUGUCGAGCCAAAACCUGGAUCACCAACUGCGCAGAACACAGCCAUACUCUCCCUUGCGCAGGUUCCAUUCUUCGAACGGACCUGGAUCAGGCAAGAGAUCUUCGCUGCUCGUGAGGUCAUGUUUCAGUCCGGCCCUCUCAAAUAUGCCUUCCACUCGUUCAUGAACAUUGCCAAGAAACACGACUCGCCGGUCGUUCGAACUCGAAUUGAGACUUUUCAACGCACUUAUUCCACCUUCAACAUAAGUGCAAUGUCAGCGUCGAAGGAAAAAAUGUCUUCAAUGGAGGUCUGGGAACGAAGGAAGAUAGCUAAUGAUACCAUGAACUCGAUCCUGGCUGUGCUACUAGGGAACAAGGUAUUCGACUGCUCCGAUGAAAGAGACAGAGUGUAUGCAUUGGUCGGCAUGGCACAAAAUAUCGCCGGAGGGCAUUUUGAUACUUUAAGGAUCGACUAUACUCAAGGCAUUAGUCAGGUCUAUCAGUGAUUUUUUUCCCUUCUCUACUGGAUUCAUAGGUCACCAAGAUCCCACCGGAGACGCACCACUAUCGAGCUUCAU